AUGCCCUCGCGGCCCCUGAGGUUCCUGUCUAACACAAAGAAGCUUGGAGUUGCAACUCCCAGAAAACCUGUUUUAUCUGUCAGUGCCAGGAAAAUUAAGGACAAUGCAGCUGAUUGGCACAAUUUAAUCCUGAAAUGGGAAUCCCUCAAUGAUGCAAGCUUUGCUACUGCAAACAAUAUCGCCAACCUGAAGAUCAGUCUAUUGAGUAAAGACAAGAUAGAACUGGAGAGCAGCAGCCCAGCUUUGGAUAAAAAUGAAGAAAAGAUGUAUCCCAAAUAUAAUAAGGAACUGGAGAUGCUGUGUGAGGAAUUGCAGGCCACCUUGGAUGGGUUGUCUGUGUUAGAACAGUUCAGCUCUGCAGAACACAAAAGCAGCACAGACAAUGUGCAGACAAAUGAGUAUGGCUAUGCUGUGGUGAACUAUCCUCGGACACGAAAAUUUGAGUUUCAUGUCAUUUUCAAGUGUCACAAAACAUGA